ACUCUGUGCAGUCCUGCUUUGCAGGGGGGGAGAACGAGCACGACCAUCCCAGCGCAAGCCCUGGGGGCUGUUGCAGGCAGCGACUGGUUCCUACAAGCUCGGUGGGGCAGGGCUGCAGCCUUUGGGACAUGACUCAUCCCUAUGGUUCAUCCUGGUCUGGUGCCUGCUGCCUCUCCUUAGUGUUGGGGUGAGGCUGCUGUGUGCGUCCACGCUGAUUUCUGUGGGUACCUGAGGGCUUUUCCUCAUGAUGCAGGCAGAGAUGGGCCUUUUCUACAGCUGAUGGGGACAGGAGAUGGAGGAGCCUUUGCAGUGCUCCCUCACCUGCUCACGAGUAAGCGCUGUUUGCAGGGAACCCCUACGCCUGACUGGAUCCCCCCAUGGAGCCCCGGGUACAGGAUGGAGCCAAGGUGCUGCAGGAAGGAUGUUUGCCCAACAAGGUGCCCCCAGCAGAAUGGACGGUGCCAGAGGUGUGUGCGUGGCUGAGUGCACGACACGGGGACCUGGCACCUCUGGCAGCUGAGCAUGCAGUCACUGGGCGAGCCCUGCUGCGCUUGACGGAGGGGACGCUGCAACGCAUGGGGGUGGCACCGUGCAGCCGACGCUGGGAGCUGCUGCAGGAGCUGUUGGGCCUGCGUCUGCAGCAGGAGCUGGAGGAGCUGCUGUGCAUCGUUGGGGGGGAGCAGCAUCCGCAGGGCCAUGGUGAUGUCCCCACAGCUGGACCAAGAUCACCUCCAUCACCAGAGUGAAAGCUGCGGGCAGGGAGGUGACGCCACGUGAUGGAAUUAAGCACAUGAUGUGGCAGCAGUGCUGGAGGGAGUUCUGAGGCCACAGUGUCCCCAAAAUAUCCCAAACACAGCUGGUGAUGUAGGGAUGUGUAAGGAGAAGGUGGCUGCUGGGUAAAACCAGUGGGUACUCCUGCAUCCUGCAGGGCAGGGGAGCCUGGUGACAAUAAUGCAGUGGGGACUGUCCCCAUCCACCAGAUCUUGCUGCAAGCCCGGGGUGCAGCAACCCACGUCAUGGGACCUCCUUUAGUUGAGUAUUGUACAUCACCUGGGGUUGGCAGAAUGAGUAGGGCAUGGAGCACAGCUGUGGGCCUCAAUAAACAUGGCUGGGUCUGUGAAACUG